AUGUUUUCUCGAGCAGGCAGGAUUUUUUCGACGCACCCGGGACUGUUCUUUUUCAAUUUCCUAGAGAUCGCUCUCAUCGCAUGGUGGCUUGCUAGAGGCUCCUUGUCCACGGAAGACUGGUUCGUGGAUAAUGAAUGCCAGAAUCCUGAAUGGCAAGAUACAGUAUGGGACGGCUAUGAUGAUGCUGUCAAAGCUGCAGAAGUAGCUUAUGACUAUAUCAUGGAAAUUAGGACUUCUGUACAGUAUUCCCGAGCGAGACAUCAAUUGAGCCCCAGACAGAAGAGGACUUUGAAUAUUUUUGAAACGAUUUACGGAAAGACUCUAUUUGACAGACGUGAUCCAGAUUAUCGUCAAGCGGGUGCGCAGGCCUACAGACGAUUUGAUAAAAUACUGGCCAGUCUUAAUGAUGAUAAUCCUCAAGCAAUAGCACAUUAUCAUAUGUUUUGUGAUGAUGAUAUGUUUGUUCCCUUCCUAGUUGAUCCACAGGGUCAAGAUUGGGUGUUGGAUACGAGGCCUGUGCGAGAUGGUGGAGGAACAGUGGUAAAUAUCCACGGAACAUGUGACAACGAUGGUACCGCCAACGUGCUAUCUUACUCAUGGAAAGCCCCAUAUGGGAGACACUACCAGACAGCCUAUUGCCCUGAUUGGGUAGAGCACUGGGAACGGUAUGGCGCGCUUUCAGCCUACCGCGAUAGUAGAGGCCGCUCGGUUCCUGUUUUGAGAGGCACUAUCCAUAUCACUCAGAUUGCGCUAUCUUUCAUGACACCAUCUGUGCUGCACGAACUUACACAUAGCCAGGAUAUACUGGGAAAUGAUGUACUAGGGGACCAAGAUUGCAUGGGCAGAGGUGUGGGUGGUUAUGGAUGGCCUUGUAUUACCUUCCUUGCUCAGAACCAUCCUGAUCUUGCAGCAAAAAAUGCCGACAAUUUUGCAUACCUCGUAACCGCGUUGUACUUGGAUUAUGCUGACUGGCGUGAUGGACUUGGAUUGAGAGAUUAA